AAUGAAGAUUAAACGAGGAGUACCAAAGAGAUUGUUAGACAUUCAUAUCUGUGAACUACCGAAAACAUCCGACAGUAAUUUACCUAAAUUACCGCCAAAUGCAAGAUUUUAUACCCGCUGGAAACGAAGCUUUCAGAAAAUUUUUCUUGUUUCUGUGGAUCAUCCGUUAACACGAAAUUUCUUACGCAGUCUAGCUGCGAUUGCUUUUGAAAAGAGAAGACAUGGACGUUCUUUAACAUGGUGGGUAAUACAUCCCUGUAGUGACUUAAGAUAUUAUUGGGACCUUCUAAUGACAUUUAUAUACCUGUACAUGUUCAUUAUGGUACCAUACAUUUUGGCGUUUCAGAGAGUAGCUAAAAGUUCUAGUCCAGAAAGUUGGGAUCCAGUGCAUCCUGCAUACAUUACCUGCAUAUUUGAUAUUGUACUUAAUUUUAUAACAGGUUUCAAAUCACAAGAUGGUCAUGAAAUUUUUCUAGAUCCAGUUUUAAUAAUCCGGCAUUACGUGAAAGGAUAUUUUUUUAUCGAUUUUAUAUCGUCGGUUCCAUACAUUUGGUUUUAUAAAGAUCGUAUUUUACCUCCUGGGCCCAAUUCAAAUUCUAUUUUACUAAUUCCUGAAAUUUUGCCGCUUAUAAAAAUUGCACGUAUUUAUACAUUGCGUUUUUACGUGCGACAAAUUAUUGCAAAUUUUCCAAUUUCUCACGCUGAAGAGAAAUCCAUCUGGUUAGCGUUUUUGGUACUGUUAAUAUUUCAUUGGUGUAGCUGUAUAACACACAUCUUUCCAUUUAUUAUUGCACAUAUAACUGGCGUUACUAAAGAGAAUUCAGAUAUGUUUUUGUUUACUACCGGAUUGUACAAGAAAUCCGACUUUGAUAUUUAUCUGACCUAUUAUCACAUAGGUAUGAGCAAUUUCUUUGCAUCAAGUUUCAUAGAGUUCCAUUCCUUGGGUAAAUCCGAUACAAUAAUACGUUGUAUCUUAUUGUUGUUUGGAAAAGGAUGUACAAUAUAUUUUAUGGUCAUAGUUUUACAAUUAGUUCAAUCAGCUGCAGAACCAGAAUUAAAAUAUCAACGAAUUAUGCAUCAAGUGAAAGAAUAUAUUCACGAAAAGAAACUUCCAGAGAAUCUUAAGAAAAAGCUUAUUGCUUAUUAUGAGUAUCGUUUUCAGGGCAGUUAUUUUAAAGAGAAUGCUAUAUCUCGAACUUUAUCAAAUCAUUUGAAUCAAGAAAUCAUGAUCCACGGUAGCCGCGGAUUAGUAGAUAUAGCGACCAUUUUACAUUCUUUACCACGCGGCAUUAUUGGAAAUUUAAUGGGAAUUUUAAAACCGGUUAUUUAUCUCAACGAAGAUAUCAUAUAUAAAAGUAAAACUGACGGUGACUGUAUGUUCUUUAUAGUCAGUGGAACCGUUGCUCUUAUUACAUUCAAUGGAAAAGAAAUAUGUCACGAGAAGGAUGGAGGCUAUUUCGGUGAAGCAGCUUUAAUAUAUCCCGAUCGAAGAAGAUUAGAAAGUGCAAUUGCGUUAGAAUUUCGUAUUUUAUUUAGAGCAACAAACAUGGUCGAAUUAAAAUGGGAGGAGAAGUAUGAAUUCAUCACCAGAAAUUUAGCUGAGUGGCUUGGUGAUGAGAAACUUAAAAGUAUUCUCAAACAACGAGAUUUGAAGCUUUAUUGGGGUACUGCUACAACUGGUAAACCUCAUAUUGGCUACUUUACACCAAUAUCUAAAAUAGCAGAUUUCUUAAAAUCUGGUGCAGAGGUUACUGUAUUAUUUGCUGAUCUUCAUGCGUAUUUGGAUAACAUGAAAGCACCAUGGGAACUUUUAGAACUUCGUACUCAAUAUUAUGAAAUAAUAAUCAAAGCUAUGCUUAGGUCUAUAGAUGUACCUUUGGAAAAGUUGAAGUUUGUUAAGGGAACAGAUUAUCAGUUAUCUAAGGAAUAUACAUUAGAUGUGUAUCGUUUAAGUUCUGUUGUAACUGAGCAUGAUGCAAAAAAAGCAGGUGCUGAAGUAGUUAAACAAGUUGCAAACCCUUUGCUCUCUGGAUUGUUGUAUCCAGGUUUGCAAGCUUUAGAUGAACAUUAUUUAGAAGUUGAUGCUCAAUUUGGUGGGUUAGAUCAAAGAAAGAUCUUCACCUUCUCAGAAAAGUAUUUGCCAUUGCUUGGAUAUGAAAAACGUAUCCAUUUAAUGAAUCCAAUGAUCCCUGGCUUAGCAGGAUCAAAAAUGUCUUCUUCUGAAGAAGAUUCAAAGAUUGAUUUGUUGGAUAAUGCUGCAGCUAUUAAAAAGAAAUUAAAAAAAGCAUUUUGUGAACCUGGUAAUGUGAAUGACAAUGGAGUUCUUUCAUUUGCUAAACAUGUAAUAUACCCUUUAUUAAAAGAAGGAGAAACCUUUAAUAUACAAAGGACAGCUGAAUUUGGUGGAGAUAUAUCAUUUGAUACAUUUGAGGAUCUAGAGAAUGCCUUUGCUAAAGAAGAAAUACAUCCUGGAGAUUUGAAAAGUGCGGUUGAGGUUUAUAUUAAUAGACUUUUAGAUCCAAUUAGGAAAGAAUUUGAAGCAGAUCCAAAAUUAAAAAGUUUGUUGAGUAAAGCAUAUCCUCCACAAAAACCAAAGGUGGUAGAGGAAUUAACACCAGCUCGGUUAGACAUCAGAGUUGGAAAAAUAGUUGAAGUAUCAAAACAUCCUGAUGCUGAUUCACUUUAUAUAGAAAAAAUUGAUAUUGGAGAAGCUAGUGGACCUCGUACAAUAAUCAGUGGACUUGUAAAUUAUGUACCCAUAGAAGAGAUGCAAGACAGAAUGGUAGUUAUCCUUGCAAACUUGAAACCAGCAAAUUUAAGAGGUGUCCAAUCUCAUGGAAUGGUUUUAUGUGCUUCUGUGGAUGAACCAGUAAGGCGAGUUGAACCAUUGAGACCUCCACUUGAUAGUAAACCAGGUGAAAAAGUCAUUGUUGAUGGAUACGAAGAUGGAUCGCCAGACGAUGUACUUAAUCCAAAGAAAAAAGUAUGGGAAAAAUUACAGGUUGAUCUUGUAGUAAAUGGUAGUGGAGAGGCAUCUUGGAGUGGAAACGUUUUACUUACUGCCAGUGGUGGAAAACUUACAGCUGACAGUCUUAAAAAUGUAGCGAUUAAAUAAUAAUACUUCAGAUGUCUAGGUA